GACGUUCCAAGAUGGCGGCCCCCAGGGCUUGUUUGUUUGCUUUUUUAAACCCGUGAACGAGCGCCGCAUAACUCGGGGUCUUCUGAAUGGCGCUACCUGUGACUCCGAGGCUGGGACCCCAGCUUGUGAAAUUGGCUCGGAGUUUCCAUUGCGGUACCGUGAAGCACGGCGGAAGUAAAUGGAGAAUGAAGCAUGGUCUCCCUCCAAACCCCUCCGAUUACGGCCCGACUACCAAUUUACCGGAUUGGUCUUUUGCUGAUGGCAGGCCCGCUCCUCCCAUGGUAGGCCAACUCCGACGGCAGGAAAAACACCAGGAGAUAGUGAGGCGCAUAGCCCAGCUCUCUUCCGAGCUGGACCACGGGAUGCAAAAGUGGGAAGCGAAGCGGAAAAAGCAGGAAGAAGACCAAGAGGAGAAACGACGCAAGAGACUUCAGCCCAAAGGGGACUCCCUCCAGCAGCUCCCGAAAUAAUUGCGCUUUCUCGAGCUUCCCCACAAAAAAAAAAUUCUAUAAAUGUAUGUAUAAUAAAUCUAUCUAUGUAUAAAUCUA